UAAAAUUUUAAAUUUUGAUGAAGUCGUAGAAAAAAAAAUACUUCUCAUUUAUAAUUAAUUGUCUUAACACAGACGCGAAAAUGGAUCUUGAUACUUUUUGUCAUGAAGUUCCGAAAAUUGAAUUACAUGCUCAUUUAAAUGGUUCACUAAGCCGUUCUACAAUGCUUCAGCUGCAGCGAUACCUGGCAGAUUUAGGCAUGACAGAUAAAUCUAAUGUUUUUCUUGACGAAUUUCAAAUGAGUUCUGGUGAUUCAAAAAAUUUAUCUGAAGUUUUUCCAUUAUUUAAUAUAGCGCAUGAACUAACAAGUAUUCCUCAAACACUAGCUAUGGCAACGGCUCUGACUCUCCAGGAAUUUGAAGAUGAUGGUUGCUGUUAUAUUGAAUUGAGAAGCACACCAAAGGAAACGUCGCACAUGACCUAUAAACAAUAUAUAGAAGCAAUCAUUCAAACAUUGAAAAAUAGCACUUCCUCAAUUAUAGCAUGUCUCAUAAUAUCUAUUAAUAGAAAUAGCCACCAACAAGAAAUAGAAGUUAUAACAGACUUGGCUAUUGAAUAUCACAAAAAGUAUCCAGAUUUGGUAGUUGGCAUUGAGUUAAGUGGAAAUCCCGCUGUUGGCAAAUUCCAACAUUUUGUGCCUGUCUUAACAAGAGCAAGGGAAGCCGGAUUGAAAAUAACAUUACAUUGCGGUGAAAUAUGCAAUCCCCAAGAAGUUAUAGAAAUGCUUAAAUUUAAGCCAGAACGUAUUGGCCAUGGAGUCUGUAUACAUCCACAAUAUGGUGGCAAUGAUGAGACAUGGAAAUUAUUGUGCAAAUCACAGAUACCUGUUGAGGUUUGCUUAACAAGUAAUGUGAAUACAAAAUCAACUCUAGACUACAGUUCACAUCACUUUAAAGAACUUUAUAAUGCGAACAUUCCUGUAACUAUAUGCACCGAUGAUAAAGGAAUCUUUGCAACAUCGCUUUCACAGGAAUAUCGUAUUUGCGCUGAAACUUUUGGAAUAGAUCCAUCAAAGCUUGCAAGAAUAAGCCUUAGAUCAUGUGACUAUAUAUUUUCCGAAGACAAACGAAAGACCCUUAGUGAUAAAAUACUUAAUUUUAUUAAUAAAAAUGGGUUGUAAAA